UCACGAGCGCGUUCGGGGAGUCCGGGUCGGUGCCUCUGCGCAGGCGCAGUGGUCCCCGCGGGCUUGCGCGCGCACUCGCUGCGGGAUAAGCUUCUGGAACCUCAUUGCGGUGGCGUUGUUGCUGGUUGCGGAUGCUGGUUUUCUGCAGGACUGUAAACUAGAUUCCUGGAACCUUGAUAUUCCUGGUUGUGUGUAGUGCCUGUUCCUGGACUGUACUGAUACUCAACUAGAGUGUGAAGGGACUGGAUUCUUCCUUCUGAUACACAGUGCAAGCUGUAGUGCCCUUGAACAAGAUGACAGCCAUCUCACCAGACCCUCAAACUCUGGCCUCGACUGAACAAAAUGUGGUCCCAGGAAUGGUUACAUCUGGGGAGCAAGAAACUAUUUUAAGAGGAGAUGCUACUGAUGCAGAGUGUUUGAGACAGAGGUUUAGAUGGUUUUGUUAUUCAGAAGUAGCCGGACCCAGGAAAGCUCUGAAUCAACUCUGGGAGCUCUGCACUCAGUGGCUGAGACCAGACAUUCAUACGAAAGAACAGAUUUUAGAGCUUUUGGUGUUUGAGCAGUUCCUGACCAUUUUGCCUGGAGAGAUCAGGAUUUGGGUAAAGUCACAACAUCCUGAGAGUAGUGAGGAGGUGGUGACCCUAAUAGAAGAUUUGACCCAGAUGCUUGAAGAAAAAGAAGAUAUCGUCUCUCAAGAUUCUGUUUCCCAAGAGGAGAACUCAAAAGAGAAUAAAGUGGUCGCUAUUUGUCCCAAUACUGAGUCCUGUGAAUCUAUAACAUUGAAUGAUGUAGCUGUGAAUUUUUCAAGAGGAGAGUGGAAGAAGCUGGAGCCUUUUCAAAAGGAGCUAUAUAAGGAAGUGCUACUGGAAAACUUCAGGAACCUAGAAUUUCUGGACUUUCCAGUUUCAAAAUUAGAGUUGAUUUCUCAGCUGAAGUGGGUUGAAUUGUCAUGGCUGCUGGAAAAAGAAGUCUCAAAAGGCUGCCAGCCAGAUGAAUCAGCUUUAGAUAAAAUAAUAGAAAGAUGCCUCAGGGAUGAUGAUGAUGGCUUGAUGGAAGAAUUCCAGAAAUAUUGUGGCAUAUCAGAGGAGGAGCAUGGUAAUCAGGGAAAUUCAAAAGGAAAAGUCACACAAAAGAAAACUGUUGGUAAAGGCAGUAGGGGUGAGGAAUUUGACCCAGAUAAAAGCCCCUUUGGACGUAAUUUCAAAGAACCUUCAGACUUAAUGAAACAUCUGAGAGUCUACUUGAGGAAGAAAUCUCGAAAGUAUAAUGAAAGCAAGAAACCCUUCAGUUUUCAUUCAGACCUUGUUCUGAACCGCAAGGAGAAAACUGCUGGAGAAAAGUUACGGAAAUGUAAUGACAGUGGGAAAGUCUUAAGUCACUCUUCAGCUCUUACAGAGCAUCAGAAACGUCAGAAGAUUCAUUUGGGGGAUAGGUCCCAAAAAUGCAGUAAGUGUGGGAUAAUCUUUAUUCGGAGGUCAACUCUUUCUAGGAGAAAAAUCCCUAUGUGUGAGAAAUGUCGGAAAGAUUCAUGUCAAGAAGCAGCCUUAAAUAAAGGUGAGGGAAAUGAAACUGGAGAAAAAACUCAUAAAUGUAGUAAGUGUGGAAAAGCCUUUGGCUAUAGUGCCUCACUCACAAAACAUCGGAGAAUUCACACUGGAGAAAAGCCCUAUAUGUGUAAUGAGUGUGGAAAAGCUUUUAGUGAUAGUUCAUCGCUCACACCACAUCAUAGAACUCAUAGUGGAGAGAAACCCUUCAAAUGUGAUGAUUGUGGGAAAGGUUUCACCCUAAGUGCUCACCUCAUUAAACAUCAGAGAAUUCAUACUGGAGAAAAACCUUAUAAAUGUAAAGACUGUGGGAGACCCUUCAGUGACAGUUCAUCUCUUAUUCAACAUCAGCGAAUUCAUACUGGAGAAAAACCCUAUACGUGUAACAAUUGUGGAAAAUCCUUCAGUCAUAGCUCAUCCCUUUCCAAACAUCAGAGAAUUCAUACUGGAGAGAAACCCUAUAAAUGUGGUGAAUGUGGAAAAGCCUUUAGACAGAAUUCAUGCCUUACCCGGCAUCAGAGAAUUCACACUGGAGAAAAACCAUAUUUGUGUAAUGAUUGCGGAAUGACUUUUAGCCAUUUUACAUCUGUCAUUUAUCAUCAAAGACUUCAUUCUGGAGAAAAACCGUACAAAUGUAACCAAUGUGAGAAAGCCUUCCCAACCCAUUCACUCCUUAGUCGUCAUCAGAGAAUUCAUACUGGUGUAAAACCUUAUAAAUGUAAAGAAUGUGGGAAGAACUUCAGUCAGAGUUCAUCUCUUAAUGAGCACCACCGAAUUCAUACAGGAGAGAAACCUUAUGAAUGUAACUACUGUGGCGCAACCUUUAGUCGAAGCUCAAUCCUUGUAGAACACCUAAAAAUUCAUACUGGAAGGAGAGAAUAUGAAUGUAACGAAUGUGAGAAGACAUUUAAAAGUAAUUCAGGCCUCAUUAGACAUCGGGGAUUUCAUUCUGCAGAGUAAUUUUGGAAUUACAGUAAGGUGGGGGGAAUUUAGUUCAGGUUGUCAGUUACUGAAGCCCUGGGAAACUAUUACAAUAUUGAUCAGUAGCUGCAACUUGCAUAAAAUGGCAGCUAGGAGAAAUUCUCCCCAUUCGUCCCUCUUUUCAAGGAUGGCAAUGGCUGGUAAACAGUAAUUAGUUGAUAAAGUCACUGGAAAGUGAAGAUUGCGAAAUGAUUCUGAGGCCAAACUUGAUUUGGAAGUAUUCUUUUCUUCAGGGAAUUUCCCUCUGAUUUCUUCCACUACCAUGUAGUGUGAUGGAAAGAGAACUUGACUGCAGUCAGAUAACUUGGAUUCUGUCCCAGUUUGCCAGCCAACUUGCUGUAUGUACCUUGGACAAGUAAUUUGACCUUACAGUUUCUUUACCAUCAGAAUGAAGUGAUGAGACUAAUGAUUUCUGCCUUUUUUAGUUUCGUUUUUUUUUUUUUUUUGUAUUCCUGAUUAUCUCUGAAGCUGUGGACAUAAGUUAUUUUUUUGAUUUGUCAUUAUUUUCAAGUUUCUCUAGUGGAAAAUACUCCUAUUCAGGAUGCUGGACUUUUUGUUUUUUUGUUUUUCUUUUUUGGGAUUGAGGCUCACUUUGUUGUCCAGGCUGGUCUUGAACUCCUGGGCUCAAAGUGAUCCAUCCAUCUCAGUUUCCUGAAUAGCUGGCAUUAUGGGUAUACUCCACCAAGCCUGGUUCCCAGGAUGCUGGACUUCCAGCUAAAUGAGAAUGCAGUAUACUCAAAAGUCAGUGAAGCUCAAAUAACUUUUCCUUCAGGGAGUAUUUUAAUUGGACAAGGGAGUUCUUUUUCUCUUGAGCAUUGGCCAAGGGGACUGAGAAGCCAGAGAGCUUACACCUGAGCUAUCUCCUCUGUGAGACUAACAGUCCUAGGAAAAUAGAUGAGGGCUGGAGGAAAGAAAGUGCGCUGAAACAGAGCUGUUCUGGAUGGAUUUUGUUCUGCACAAAUUCUACUUAAAAAAAAUUUUACCUGCAGCAAGUACGUAUUUUUCCAAUUGGUGUGUAAACAUUCUGUAUGGCAACAGUUAAAAGCUGUUGUAACAGUUUGCUUGGGGUGUGGGGUGCGUCUGUGUGUGUGUGUGUGUGUGUGUGUGUGUACACAUUAUUGCCAGUAUCUAAAAUUAGGGCAUUUCAUAUUAAAAACAAGGCUUGUCUUAAAAAAAACUAUAAGGGCUAACAACAGUGGGCUUACAUUUCUGUAAAGCACUCAGCUGGUCCUGGGUACCAGCUGCCACCUUUUGUUGAGGAAUCUACUUUCUGACUUACCUAGUUCUCUCAUAUCUCUCUGAAUUUCUGCUGUUGGAAUGUUCUGUUAUAAUCCCUACCAUUUGGAGGAUAGAUAUCCUAAAAUCUAGAGAGACCCCACUGAUAGCAAGUAAAGUUCAGGGAAAGAUUAUAGAAUUGAUACAGAAAAAAUUUUCAGUUAAGUUUUCUGUUGUGAAAUUAGACCUCAGAGGAAUGGAAUAUACGGGUAUUGGUGGAUUAUUCCUUGUAAAUUUCAUUGGUGGAGUCUGAAUAAUAAUUUCUAACUGAAAAAGGAACUUAAGCCCCUGAAUGAGUGAGGUUUGGGAUUUAGGUCAUAGGGUUCUGGAGGAGCCCCAUGGACUGAGCAGUGGUCUAGAAAUAAGUUCCUAAAGUUGAAAUUGUAGGCAGCUCCUGUAAAAAGAGAACUAAACCAGAAAACUCUUGGUUUAUGGAAGUAAAGCAAUCCUUAAGGCUGAUCUUAGACUCAGGUAUGUAGGUGUGAAAUGCUACCUCUGGGAGAAGGUUUUUGGUUCCGUCCUGGUGCCUCCCCAACCCCAAACCUUCAGUUUAAAUACUGCCAUGUGAUAAAUUGGUCUGCAUAGUUAUUGCUAGGUAGACCCAACCAAUCACAUUCUAGCCAUGAAAUGAAUGUUUAUUAUGAGAAUCAUUCAUAAUGAUUUAAGUUUUUUUCUAAAAAGACAAAAAGGCUGGUUUAAGUUUUGUUUUCUGAAAGGUAUAAUUUAUAGGAGUUGAAGAAAUAUGUAAGUCUUGAGAAGAGGCUUGUUACAGGAUUACUCUUAGACUCCCCAACAUUCAUAACAAUGUUUUAUCCCAGUAUCCGUUAGGAGUUUGGAGUAUAAACUUUUUUUUAAAUGAAUUUAUUGAGGUACAAAUUACAUAUCAUUAAAACCAUUUCAAGGGUAUAGUUCAGUGAGUUUUAGUAAAUUUGCUGAGUUGUGCAGCCAUUACCAUAAUCCUUUUUUUUUAGAAUAUCAUACCAAUAAGAUUCCUUUUUCUAAUUUACGGUUAAUCUUCCUUCCAACCUCUAAUCCCAGGCACCCACUAAUCAGUCUACUUUGCAUCUCUAGAGUUGUCUUUCUCUGUACAUUUUGUUAUUAUAUGUGAUCUUGUGUUUUUUCAUUAAUGUGUUUUUUAAGUUCAUCGAUGUUGUAACAUAGUAGUACUUUAUUUUUUAUUGCAAAUAAUAUUAUGUGGAUACUUUGUCCAUUCACUAGUUGAAGAACAUUUGAGUUUUUUCCAGUUUUUGCCUAAUAGGAAUAUUGCUGCUUUGAACAUUGGUAUGCAAGUGUUUUGAACAUUAGUGUGCAAGUCAUUGUGUGGACAUGUUUUCACUUUCCUUAGGCAGAUGCCUGAGGGGAGUUGCUAAGUCAUAAGGUAAAUUUUAGUUUGACUUUCUUAGGAAACUGCCAAAUUAUUUUCCAAAGCGACUGCAUUAUCUUACAUCUGACUAGUAAUGUGCAAGGGUUCCUGUUUCUCUUCAACCUUGCCAGUCAUUGUUUAUUUUAUUUUUGAAUUAUACUCACCAUAGUGUUUGAAGUGAUAUUCCUUUGUGGUUUUAAUUUUGAUUUCCUGGUGAUGAAUAAUGUCAAAGCAUCUUUUAUGUGCUCUUCGGCCAUUAUCUGUCUAUCUUAGUGAAAUGUUUAUUCAGAUUUUUUUGUCCAUUUAAAAAUGGGGUUGAUGAUACUGUGUUGUAGUCCUUUUUGUUCUGGAUGUAAGUCCUUUAUCCAAUAUAAACUUUCUAAAUACCAUGUCCUAGCUACAGAGGGCAGCCUCAAACUCUGUGGGAUAAUAUUUAUGAAAGUCUUGAUUUCAGUAGCUAAGUCUGUAUAAUUGUCUCCAAGACAUUCAGUCGGGCCCAUCACCCAAAUAUUUAAAUUCAUUUUUUGAUUAAGUCAGAUUAUCAAAAGACUUUAAACGUGUUUUGAUUCCUUACAGGAUUGCUUUUAGUAAGAACACUGACACAUUUUACUUUAAAAUGAAGUUCUUGCUUUAAAUAAUGUUUCCUCUUAAUGAGCUUGCAUAAAUUUUUUUUCAUGUCCCAGGACAAGGCAAGAGUUUUGUCAAUAAAUUCACUUGUAUUUAUUUAUUUUAGAAUUCUUUUUUAAUGUAGUAAAAUACAUAUAGCAUAAAAUUAACCAUUUAAACACUUUUUGGUUAUAUAACUCAGUAGCAUUUAGAUAGAUUCACAUUUUGUGCAUUCAUCCCCACUAUCCAUCUCCAGAACUUUUUCAUCAUCUCAGACUGAAACUGUACUCCUUAAACAGUAACUCUCAAGCUCUUGGUAACCACUGUUCUACUUCCUGACUGUGCAGAUCUGACUGUUCUAAGUACGUGGUAUGAAUGGGAUCAUACUAUUUGUCCUUUUGUGUGUGGCUUAUUCCACUUAGCAUAAUGUUUUUAAGGUUCCACCAUGUUGUAGCAUGUAUCAGAAUUUAAUUCCUUUUUAAGGCUGAAUAAUAUUCCAUUGUACUUGUACACCACAUUUUGUUUAUCCUUUUAUCUGCCAAUGGACAUUUAAAUUGUUUCACCACUUUGGCUAUCAAGAAUAGCACUGCUAUAAUCAGUGGUGCUUUCUGUUCUUUUAAAUGUUCACCUAAAAGUGGAAUUGCUGGAUCUUACAAUAAUUGUACGUUUAACUUGAGGAAGUGCAGCAAUACCAAUUUAACUUUCCACCAGCUAUGUACAAGGGUUUUAAUAUCCCCGCCCUUGCUAACACUUGUUAUUUUCUAUAUAUUUUUUUAUGAUAGACAUCCUAAUGGGUUUGACGUAGAAUCUUAUUUUAGUUUUGUUUUGCAUUUCCCUAGUGAUUGGUGCUGUUAACUGUCUUUUUAUGUGCUUGUUGACCAUUUGUAUAUCUUUUUUGGAGAAAUGUUUAUUGAAGUCCUUUGUCCAUUUUAUAAUUGGUUUUGUUGUUUUGUUGUUGAGUUGUAGAAAUUCUUUAUAUAUCCAGAAUAUGUAAAGAACUUACCAGAUAAAUGAUUUGCAAAUAUUUUCUUCCAUUCUGUAUGGGUUGCCUUUUCAUUCUGUUCCUAAUGCCCUUUGAAAAAAGGUUUUGGUGAAGUUCAAUUUUUCUAUUUUUUUUCUUUUCUUCCUUGUGCUUUUGUUGUCAUACCCAAUAAACCAUUGCCAAAUGCAAUGUCAUGAAGCUUUUCUCCUGUUCUAGGAGUUUUAUAGUUUCAGAUCUUAUGUUUAAGUCUUGUAACCAUUUUGAUUUCUAUGUAUGCUGAAGGGUCCAUCUUCAUUCUUGUGCAUGUGAAUAUCCAGUUUGCCAAGCCUCAUCUGUUGAAGAGAUUAUUCUUUCCACAUCAUGUAUUCUUUGCACUCUUGUCAAUGAUCAUUUGACCAUAUACAUGUAUGUUUAUUUCUGGCUGUCUGCUCUGUUCCUUUGUUCUGUAUGUUUGUCUUUAUGCCAGUACCAUACUAUUUUGAUUACUCCAAUAAUGUUUUGUAAUCAGUAUUACACUAUGCUUCCUGUAAUAUUUUUUGAAAUGAGGAAGUGUGAGGCAUCCAACUUUGUUCUUUCUCUAGGUUGUUUUGGCUAUUCGGGGGUCCUUAAGAUUUCAAAUGAAUUUUUGGAUGGUUUGUUUUUGUGGAAAAUAUCAUGGGGAUUGGGCUUGCAUUGAAUUUGUAGACCACUUGGGUAAUGUGGACAUUUUAAGACUAUCAAACAUUACAGUCUGUGAACAUAAGAUAACUUUCCAUGUAUUUGUGGAAUCUUUUAAUUUUUUUGCAGUGUUUAAUAGAUGUCAUUGUACAAGCCUUUGCCUCCUUGGUCAAGCUUAUCCUUGAGUAUUCUGUUGAUGCUGUUGUAAAUUGUUUUUUUUUAGUGAAGCAUAACUGAGUUUUGAGUGUUGAUUUUGUUUGUUGCGACUUUGCUGAAUUUAUUUAGUCAUAACAGUUUCUUGUGAAAUCUUGGGGGAGUUUUAAAUAUAAGAUUAUGGCAUCUGCAAGCAGAUAAUUUUUGCUGCUACUUUUCUCAUUUGAAUGGCUUUAACUUGCCAAUUGCUCUGGCUAGGACUUCCAGUACUGUGUUGAAUAGAAGUAGCAAGAGUAGGCAUCUGUGCUUUUUCCUGAAAUGCUUUCAAUUUUGUAUAAUUGAGUAUGAUGUUAGCUGUGGUCUUUUCAAAUUUGACCUUUAUAAUGUUAAAGUAAUCUCCUUUUAUUGCUAAAUUUUUGUUUUAAGGACAGUUUCACUGGAUAUAGAUUUCUCAGUUGACAGUUUUUUUCUUUUUGCACUGUGAGUAUAACAACGCCACAGCCUUCUAGCUUCCAAAGUUUCUGUGAGCAAUCAGUUGACAGUCUCACUGAGGAUCCCUUUUAUGUGAUGUGUUGCUUCUAUCUUGCCACUUUUGAGAUUCUCCUUUUGUCUUUGGAUUUCAACAGCUUGGUUAUAACUUGUCUUGGUGUAUGUCUCUGUGGGGUGGGGGUAGGAGCAAUUGCAGUGCUUGUUGCCAUAGUUCAGAACCUGCACCACAAAGACCUUCCAGUUCUGUAGAGUGGUUUUUGCUUUUUAUUGUCAGUGCAAUAGAGAGACACUGGAGGUUCUCUGUGUGUGAGUGUAUGAAUAAAGAUUUAAUUUUGUUUUGCUCUUGUUUUGUUUUCCCCUCAGAAUAGCUUAUCAGAUGUGGAACUUCUUGAUCAAUAGGGAGAAAUGUCUUACGAUUCUGAAAACAUGCUGUCAAAAUACUUUUUAUAAAGUAUAGUACAUUUUAGGGUUUCUCCCUUGUGGAAAUGUUAGUGUCUAUAAAGGUCUGAACUAAGAAAGCUGCUCUCACAGCAGAACACUUGUGAGAUUCCUCUGUGAAUGAAUCCUCUGGUGCUUAUUAAAUUGUGAUUUCCAAGCAAAGUGUUUUUCUCUGUGAGAAGUUGGUGAGAUAGCUUUCUCCAAGUCUUUUUGAUGAAGUCUGAUGUUGAGAGGUUAUUUCAGGUUGGAGUUCUUAGGUCUUUCUCCCUUAUAGAUUAUCGGACCACUCUAGUAAUAAGCUUUGCUAAACCUACCUGUAGCUCUUCUGGGGUAAUGAUGGUGGUGGUGGUGGUGGCAGGGUUCCCCACUGAUUUUCUAAAUGUUUGUAGUCCUUUUGUAAAGUGGACCCUUGCCUUCUAAGGUAAUGGCAAAUGAUACAUAUUUCCUUGCUUUUUUCAGCUCUUAAGAAUCUUCUUCAUUUUCUCUUUCAAUCUGUCAACAAAAUGAGAACUUUCAUUUAGCUCUUUGAGCAUCUUUAAGGCAGUUGGUUUAAAGUCUGUCUAGCAAGUCAAUGUUUGGUAUUCCUUGUGUCCAUUUUUUGUUGGUUUAUUUUAAAGUGCCUUUGAAUAGUCCAUACUUUGUUGUUUCUUUGUAUGCAUUGUGAUUGUUUUUGUUGACAAGUAGACAUUUGAAUCUUAUAAUGUGGCAGCUCUGGAAGUCGGAUUCUUGUUUUUUCCCCCAGGGUUUAUUGGGUAUUUGUGUGUGUGUGUGUGUGUGUGUGUGUGUGUGUUUUGUUUUUGUUUUAUUGUCAUGGGCUGUCUCAGUGCUAGGGAUCAGCCUGUGUUGAAUGCCUAAAAUUUUCUUUUCAGAGCCUGUAUUUUUUCUUGGGCAGGGGCAAUGGCUUUCUAAAUUCUCCUAGAUACAGUUUUUUGAAUGUCCAGAGAAACAGGUGUCAUCCCUUUUUUCUUCUGGAAGCCUCUUUAACCAAUUGGGGGUUGGGAGAAUGGAAGCUUGCUCUUCUGUGUCUGCUCUUCCUCUGUGAUCAGAAGUAGAUAGCUGGAAUCAGAACCCUGACAUUUAGAGGAAGUGGCUUUUAUUGUCCACCCUGGCUGCAGCAAGAUGAACCAGAAAUGUGGGGUUCUGUCUCCACACAGCUGCCUGCCAUGGAGUGGAUGGGGACGGGUAGCUGCUACUUCACUGAAGGCUGAAAUCCGCCAAUAUUAACUGCAGUUUAUCAGUCAGGAUUUCCCCUAGAAGCUACAAGUGUUCAGAUGGACUCAUGUGCCCCCAAAAUAAUCACGUUAGGAACUUUCUGCAUAUGUAAUUAUUAUCUAGGUGGAAAGGUGGAUUCCUGGGUCACUCUCUCCAUGUCUUUGAUUUUUCCUACUUUCUUGCAGAUUUCUUCAUCUUCCAGCUCUACUAUUAAAUGUUUUAUCUCUUUUGUCAUAUUUUUAUUUCCAAGUGCAUUUUCUGAUUCUCUGUUCCAUUUUCAUAAUUUUUUUUUCAUGGGUGAAAUAUUUUUUCUCUGAGCAUAGUGUCUUUCUGUGUUAUUCUGCCCCUUGCAUUAUUUCUGUUUCCGUUGAGUUGUUUUUACUCGUUUUCUGUCUCUCACAUUGGAGGCUUUUCUGAAGCCUCUAGUGAUAUUCAUAUUUAAGAGCAGGCCUCCAAAAAGCUGAUUGGAAGGUGUUUUAGGUACUUCAGCACCAUCCAGUAGUAAUAUAAUAUGAGCCACAUAUGUAAUUUCAAAUUUUCUAGUAGCCUCUUUUGGAAAAUAAAACAGGUAAAAUUAAAAAUGUAUUUUACUUCACCCAGUAUAUCCAUAUUAUUAUUUCUUUUUUGGGGGUGGGGGGAUGGGUCUCACUCUGUCGCCAGGCUGGAGUGCAGUGGCACAAUCUUGGCUCACUGCAGCCUCUGCCUCUCUGGUUCAAGCGAUUUUCCUGCCUUAGCCUCUGGAGUAGCUGGGACUAUAGGCACACACCACCACACUCAGCUAAUUUUUGUAUUUUUAGUAGAUAACGGGGUUUUACAAUGUUGGUCAGGAAGGUCUCAAUUUCUUGACCUCGUGAUCCACCUUCCUCAGCGCCCCCAAAGUGCUGGGAUUACACGCGUGAGCCACCAUGCCAUAAUAUAUUUCAUUAUGUAAUCACUGUAAAAAAUUAUUGAGACUUUUUAAAUUAUUUUUUGCACUAUCUUCAAAAUCUGGUGUGUAAUGUGUUACAGCACAUCUUAGUCUACACACUCAUUUUCAUUUGUAAUACUUAACUCACAUUUAGAUUUAUAAAAUGUAGAGUUGAUAAGUAGAUUCACAUAGUUUUUCCAAACUUACUUUGUUGUUCUAAAUAUACUUAAUUUUCCAAUAACUGAAUCAGUUAGCCAAUUUUUUUUUUUGAGAUGGGGUCUAAUUCUGUCACCUAGGCUGGCGUGCAGUGGCGCAAUCUCAACUCACUGCAACCUCCACCUCCUGGUGGAUUCUCCUGCCUCAGCCUCCCCAGUAGCUGAGAUUACAGGUGCACACCAUCACUCCCAGCUAAUUUUUUGCAUUUUAGAAGAGACGGGGUUUCAACAUGUUGCCCAGGCUGGUCUCAAACUCCUGAUCUCAGGUAGUCUGCCUGUCUCAGCCUCCCAAAGUGCUGGGAUUACAAGUGUGAACCACUGCGCCCAGCCCCAAUUUUUCUUUUUAUUUACAGACACAUAAACAAAACUUUUUAUUAGAAAAAUUCAUUUAAUAUUGAGGCAAAAGUAUAUCACUUUCAAAACUGUUUUUAAGUAAAUUUAGUAACUCAUAUCAAUUCAGUUUAUUAGCAUCAAAUUUGAUGAGGCAUUCCAUAAUAUCAGUACUACAUAGCAUUCUUCAGGUUUUUCUUAUUUUUUUGCAGCCAUUUACACUGUUAUUACAUUUAAUAUAUUCUACAUGUUGACUCAUUUGUGUAAGUUAUUUUGUUUCAUUUGUAUUAUGAAAUGUUUCUAUUGUAAAUAAAUUCUUUUACCUAUCUAGGUCACAAGUUUUUCUCAUUUACGAGCUUCGAAUUUAGCUUAUUUAUAUGCAGUGUGAUAUUAGAAAGUGGGAGAAAAUGUGAAUCACAGUGCUGCUUUUUGUCUUUGAGUAUUCGGUUAGCAUUUUUUUUUUUUCAAGGAAAUCUUGAAUUAGAUUUUCUAGUACAGGAUAUCUUUAUAAAAUUCUUUAGUAAGUCAUCCAAGUAACAUUGGUAAAGACACAAGAUAAUUAGAUACAUUAUCCUUUUUUCCAGAAGUUUCAUAAACUCAACAUUCUAUAGCUUUUGUGCAUAUGUACUGGAGAAUUAUCUGUAUCCAUGACACUUUUCUUGGAGUCUGCUUCAGAAAACUGAACACAGAUAUUUUCAGUAUGUGUUAUGCAAUAGAAUAAAGCAAUGAAGGAAAAGUUACCUUCUUGCUUUAAAAUUUCAACAUGGAUGGUCUUUCGAUUUAGCUGGAGUCCCAUCCUCAUGAUAGUAACUAACUUUUCUGUCUCUAGCUGAAAUUCUUUGACAGAUGGAAGAUUGUCAAAAAUAUCUGCCAUGAAUGGGAGCCUUUAGGCAGUGAAUCACAUUUCAUUGCCUUUACAUGAGUCAACAUUGUAAAUUUGGAGGUUCUUUUAGACAGAGUAUACCCAUAGUUUUCUUUGGGCAUUGUCUUGUGUCAAACAAUUCCUCUAAAGCUAAAAAAAAAACUAGAAAUUUUUCAAAGUUUGAAUUGGUCUUUGAUAUUAAAAAUACAUAUAUUCUGUAAGCAAAAAUAUAUUUUGUUCAUGUAUAUCCAAGAGCAAAAUUGUUCAGUGGUUUCAUUGAAAUUUUCAAUUUUUGUGAAUGUCUCUUAAGGUCUUUUCCUCAUAAUUUUCUAAAUAAUGAUAACUAAAGUGACAUUUUCUUCAUCUCUCCAUCUAAGAUUCUUUUUUGUAUAUGCAUGUGUAAGAAGCAAGCUAUUACAGCUUGCCAUGUUUACAAACUCAGACCCCAUUAAAAGCUGUUUAAAUUGUUUUUGUUAGAAAUUUAAGUCUCAGUUCAUAUGACUGACUAAUUUUGUGGAUUAUUUUUUGACUCAAACUCACUAAAUGGUUGCUGAAAAAUUAUGUCUUAAAUAUUGUCUUAAGUAUUAUCUGCUAUGUAUCUUUAACACUUUUGAAUACAACAAACAGCUUUUCCGUUUUGCUCUGCUGCAGUAAAUUGCAAUUGCUAUUCAUGAUUCAAUGGGCACUAUCCUGUCUUCUAGCCUUUUUUUCUUGACUGUGCCAAUUGUAGUACCAGCUUCUGCAUCUGCACUGAAUUCUGCCUCAGUAAAAUGCCUUUGUUUAAAAUUGAAAUAUUUUUUCAUAUUUUUUAACCUAGUAGAUAAUUAUAAUGAAAAUAUUAAGUAUCUCAUUUUAGGAUUCCGAUUUACAUAGGUAUCACUGCUACAUGCUGUUUGCAUAGGUAUGCUCUAUCUUGUGCUAUCUGUAUAAAAUAUCCAAGUAAACACAUUAUGAUAUAUAUCCGUGCAUAGAAAAAAAAUCAUCUGAACUCAGUCUGUUGAUACUGACUAGAUUGGAGACAUGUUUACGUGUAACACUAGUAAUGCACGUUCUUGUACAAGCAUUACAAUACAACAGUGUCCUAUGCGAUGCAGUGGUUAAAGUGAAUUGUAGUUCUAUCAAAAUAAAGAUACGUUUAGUGGAAAA